CAUUUAUGAGAUCAUUUUGUGGAGUCACCGCGAAAGGCUCUGCACAGACUUUUAGAUAAUCUUUGAAGACUUGUGUUAUAUGCCCUUACAUGUUUAUAAAGACCGACCAACCAGUACUCGCGACCAACGCGUGCGGUGUCUCUCAUUGCUCGCGUGGCGGGGCGGGAACCGAGAGAGCGGGAGAGAAGAGACAAGGGACAAACCAACAGUCAAUAUAUUUAUAUCUGAAAAGAGGAGGUUUACCUUGUUGACUGCUAUACAGCAUCAAACGCUCGUUUAAGUGGAUUUUUAUCCAUUCAUAACUUUUCGUUCCAUCUCAAGACGCCAAAAAAAUCACUUAACAGACAACGACUUGAGGACCCUACAGUCGUGCGGAUCGUGAAGCAGCGUUUGACCCACUGCUGCCCAUCCACUUACAAGUACCCUUAAGGAAACGAGACGAGUUGCCAUGGAAACUGUUCUGGUCUUCCUUUUUUCCCUCCUAGUCUAUGUGGCGGCUUUGUCUGAAUCUGCUGUCCAAGCAGAUGGAAAAGAGGAGGGAUUGGAACCAUUUGUAUACGACUAUGAGAGUUUGAGGAUCGGGGGGUUGGCGUUUGCUGUGGUGCUGUUUGCUCUGGGAGUGCUCCUUAUUCUCAGCCGCAGAUGCCACUGCAGUAUCAACCAGAAGCCCAGGGCUCCAGGAGAUGAAGAAGCUCAAGCAGAGAACCUCAUGGUCUCCAAGGCCAAGGAGACUCCUAAAGCAGAAAACUGAAACAGUCCAGUGCUGUUGUACACAUAGCUGUGGCUGAACGACUUCACUGAUGCUGCGGAUGCUGAUGAUGAUGAAGCUGAUUCCAGACCAUGGCUAUGAGAGGAUAGAGAGGAGACAGAGAUUUGUGGGGGGAGGCGACUAUGACUUGGAUUUUUAAUGGGCCAGUGUCUUGUACGUAGACCUCUAGUCCUGUCACGUGAACAGUAACCGUAUCCGUCUUUUCGUCUGUGCCCUUUUGCAACAGUCCGUCUUGAGUGAGUUGUUUUAGCAAAACUAGCCACUUUCUGCAGAGAAUUCUUAACAUUUUUGGCUCCUCCCCAACCGAACUUGUGUGUGCGGUUUAAAGGAACAGUUCACCCAAAAAUGAAUAUUUUCAUUUUGUUCCAAACCUGUAUGCAGUUAUUUAUUUUUUUUUAUUUUGAACACAAAAAGCAUAACACAACCUAAGAAAAAGAUUAAAAAAAACACCAUAGUUUUAUUUUUUGGAUGAACUGUCUCUUUAAAACAAUUUUGUUUUAACGUCCAACAGUGAAUAACUGUUACUGUUGUUGUUGGUGAGACCACUUGUUAUUGUCAUUUGUGUCGCACCUGCUGUUUUUUCUCUUGUAGAUUGUAUAGAUUAUAUACACAUAUUUAAAAUAUUUAAUAUAAGUAAGUAUUAAUUCAUAUGUGAUGCAGAAUAUAUAUUUGAAUAUACAGUGUAUGCAAGUGUGCGCGCGUAAGAAUAGAUCCUGUAGAGCUUGUAUGAAUGCGAGUGUGUGUGUGUGUGUGCAUGUACGCCCACAUUCAGGGCUCCUCUUCCCGACAAUCUUUCUAUCAUUGUACCCAGACCAAGCACAAAAACAACACAGUACCACCACUGUACCACAGGGGGCGGUAUACCGCUGUCCUCUGAUCAGCUGCAACACUGCCGGGCUCAAAGCCCCCAUUCGGACCCACAGUCUAAAUGUCUACGGCCUGAGAGGGAAACCGCAGAAGCAGUUCACUUCACCAUAGUGCCACAAACCUGUGUCCUUUACCUUUACUAUCACACGUCUUCUGUAGCCUACGUAUUCACUUUCUUAAAGGAAUAGUUCACCCAGAAAUGUAAAUAUUUUAUUAUCGUCUACUCACCCUCAUGUUGUUAAAACUUAACAAACAAGAUGGAUGUCGUUGUUAUGUGGAGCACAAAAGGAGAUAUUUUGUUGAAUGUCCAAGCAGUUGUUUUCCAUACAGUAAGGUAAUGCAUAAAGUAUACACCGAUCGUAGUUGAUCCAUGAUCCAUACGGACCAAGCCCCACGGUUCAGCACGCAUGUGUUCCGCAGAUUAAUUGUGAAGUUUAACCAUCAUUAAUCAUUAUCGUACAUGUUCAUCAUACAUGUACAUCAUACAUUACCAGUGUAAGAAAAGGCAAAAAGGUACUCUAUUUGUUACUCGCGCGCUGUUUUCUAUUUGUGAUCGCGCUUUCACGCAGAAAGAGAGACUGCGUGCAAACACAGAACUGAACCCACUUAAUUACUCCUUCACUCCUUGCCUUUGAACAGACGCAUAUACACAUAAUAUUACGACACAAUACCGACCUUGACAAUCAUUUCUGGUAAAUGCAGUUAGUUAUGUUUUAAGUGAAUGAGAACAGCUGAGAAAGAAAUCGGAUGUGUUUCAUUAUAUUGGAUCCGUGCAUCAGGUCUUAAAGGGGCAGCAGCCUAUAAAUACCUGUUGCUGUCAUUAUGCUCAUCAAACAACAAAACACAUUUUUGACAAAGACGAAUCUAUAUUUAAUGUAUACAACACUAUGCAGUGUUAUUUUACACUUAAUUAUUACAUUUAUGUACCUGAAUACUAUGCUGUAAACCUGAACAGUGAAAUGUAUUAAAUUAAAUGAGUUAAUUUCACUCAAAUAAUAAUGAAAGUUCAUUGGACUUAAUUGAAAUAAGUUCUGUAAACUCAAAAUGUCAUUGUAGUUAUAAAUUAUUGCAUUUUCUAGUUCCCAGCAUGCUUUGCAUCAGACAACAAGGACAAUAAAUGUAGAAAUUAAGUGUUAUUUUGUGAGUUUUUGCACAAGAUUAACAUAGAGAGACAGAAGUAAGUACUUAAAUGUUGUGUUAUGUUAGGAUUUACAUAGGUUUCUGUCAUGUUAGUUUCGUAGUGUUACCGUUGUGGUGAAGAGUAGAGCCUGUGGUUAGGUUGAGGAUGGACAGCAAAACUUCAAGACUAUAUACUGCCUGUUUUUUUGAUUAUUUACACGCAAGUGUUGUUGUGAGUCUUUUAGAUAACUACAUUAGCAUGUGCCAGUGUGCUGUUGCUAACUAGUACUAAACUAUAAAGAUCUGAAUGAAUGUGCUGUUGAUGGAAGCAAGUUGUAUAUAAUUAUCGUUAUAAUAAGACAAUUGAUAAGUGGGGUGGGAUUAUGGAAGUGAGGCUUGGCUCCCAUUGCUCUCAGCCCCGCCCCACUUGUCAUAAAAAAUUUAAGCUGUACUAACUUAAAAACAUUGAGUUUGUUUACUCAAAUGUUUUGAGGCAAUAAGUUUCCUCAAAUGUUUUGAGUAUUCUUAACUUAUCAGGUUUUACAGUGUAUCGACCUUAUUUUAUUUGUAACAUUGUUCUGUUGUAUUUGCUCAUCUAUGUAAUUUGUGUAGGCUAUUUGUUCUUAUUUUUACAGGCUGUUCACUUGUCUCUUUAAUCAUGUUUGAACUUUCAUAGGCUUUUGCUGUGAUAUCAAAGAAGGACAGUAAUUAGCUUUGAGUAAUGGGAAGCAAAGUUACAUAUUUUUUUGUAUUUUUUUGCUGAUCCGAAAAACGAUCCGAUUCGUGGCUGAAAAACUGUAAUAUGAUCCGAACCCUAAAAUUUGUGAUCUGUUAAACCACUAAUACAACCGCAUGUGCAGCCAAACUUUAUUUGUGUGCGAAUGCAGGCAGUAAACACAUGCACAGAAGGGAAGUUUCAUUCUUGUUUAGUGUCUGAGCUAUGUCUAUCUAAAAGUUACGAGCAACAAAAAAAAAAAAAAAAAAAAAAAUUCUUAUUUGACCGUGAAACAAUAAGCCAGGGCAGUGUUGCCACCUAGUGGGCAAACUAAAUAGUGCAAAAUAUGCAGCUAGAAAAACAUGUAAAUCAAAGUAUAAUUUGGCCUUAAAUAUUAACCUGCCUUUAAGAAAAUUAACCAUGGUUUUAUUGUAGUAAAAGUGUUGUAACCAAGGUUUUUCUUUUUUUGGCAUAUUGAUUAGCAUUUGUAUAACACAGUUUUACAACAAAUACCAUGGUUAAACUAUGGUUUCUGUAGCAAACCCAUGGAUAAUUUGUGGUAACCAUGUUUUUUUUUUUUUUUUUUUGUCUUUUGUUUUUUUUUCAAACCGUGGUUAAUUUUCGUAAGGGUGGGACUUUGGUGCAAAUAAAAAGCACCAUUAAACGAUCAUAAAAUUAUUUCAUAUGACUAGUAAAUAAUAUGAUGAUAAAUACACAAGGAACAUACUGAAAUUUAAAUCAUUAUUUGCUGAAAAUCUCCAGUGUAGCUCUCAAAUCUCUUUCGGCGUUCUUGUACGUUAGUGUGUACAUUUUGUGUGAUCAACUCUGCGCCAUAUUUUAACGUUAGCCAGCAUAAAUGAGAUGGAUGGGAAGGUUUUCAGCGAGCGACUUAAAUUUCGAUCUGACCCUUCAGAGCUAUGGUGAACCUGGCUUUCAAAUCACAUGAGGCUGCGUAAACAAUGAUAGAAUAUUGAUUUUUGGGCGAACUAACUUUUUAAUAUCAUUCGUAUUUAUAAACACUGUUCAAUGGGACCAAAAUGUCGGCCUCUAAAGAGACCAAUCUUUGCAUUUGUGUGCAUCUGCGUAGGUAUGUGAGUGUGUUUGUUGUUCCACACAUCACUUGCUGUGAUAAACCUAUGAGAGCUGUACAAAUAUAGGUCAGUUUAUAAAGAGAGAAGCAUUUCACAGAAUAUUAAUCACAUGUAUUCAAGAACACAGUCUAACGCUACAGAUGCUUCGCUAUUAGAGAGGAAUUUAAUACACAUUCGUCUCAUAUCUGUGCAGCUGCUGUGUAUGGCCGCUCUUUGUGCUUCAAAAUAAAUAAAGUCUUUGUCUGACACAGGCA